UCACGGCAGGCAAAGCUGGAUCGACUGCGUCUCAAGGAAGAAAGACAGUCGUCAUUGGCAUCGGCGGAAUUACAUGAAGGCACAACAUAUGAGUCGGGUAUAGACUAUGCAGUCCCCGCAGACAGACAGGAGGAACUAGUCAUGGAUAUACCACUUCCCAGUACACGGCAGCUCAGCAGACCUGUAGACGCACCAGCCUCACCUGACACAAUUAUUGUGGCUGAUCUAGAGACUACUGGAUUUUCUAACAGUAGCAGUAUCAUUCAGAUUGCGGCAGCUCCACUUUAUUCAGACGACAGCUUUAACAGAUUUGUACAACCCGCUAACGGUUUUAUUCCACCAUCGAUAGUCAAACUAACUGGAAUAGAAAUGCACGGAAUGCAGAUGUAUUACCUGCUAAACCCGGUUCCGUCUUGUGGAGAAAGGCAGGCCAUAGCCGAGUUUGCUGAGUGGCUUAGCCUUAGCAGGUUCCCCUCCCCUUUAAUUGUGGCACAUAAUGCACAAUUUGAUGCCCGUAUCUUAGUGUCCUGCUUCACCAGACAUGGUCUGACUGAUAUGAUAAAACGUGUCGUUGGUUUCUCGGACACAGUGAAAUUUUUCAAGAAAGUUCACCCCAAUCAACCAUCAUAUAAACUUCAAGAUUUGGCUAAAUCGUUAGCUCCAGAAUUUGAUUCUGUGAAUGCACAUAAUGCUGAAAAUGAUGUUUCUAUGUUGAAAAUCUUGCUGAAAAACACUCCAAAAGCGGAGGAGUCACUCUCUGAGUUAAUCUUCUCUACUGAUUAUGUCAUCGCGAACAACGAAAAGCUAUCAAAUAAGAACAAAAACAUAGGAAGUUUUCAUGAUAUAAUAACCUCAAACGUCCUAACAAAGGGGCAAAGUUCUACUUUGGCAGCUCAUGGUUUUCAGGCAAAUCAUUUGAAACUGGCGCUUCAGAGAGGCGGAAGAGAUGGACUUUACGAAGUGUUGAAGGGAAAACUAAAGUCUGUAAAUACAGUUAUAGACAAAAUCAUUUCCUUUUAUGAGGUAUGA